AUGCUUACAAACCUGUGCUGUUUCAUCUUGUUUUUUAUAACAGAAGGUGUAUUUGCUGUUGAUGGAGAUGAAGUGAAGUCAGUGUCAGUGAUGGAGGGAGAUUCUGUUACUCUACACACUGAUAUUACUGAUAUACAGAGACGUGAUCACAUAUUGUGGAUGUUUGGACCUCAGGAGACUCGUAUAGCUGAAUUGUAUAAGCAAAGCAUUGAUAUGUUUGAUAGUAACAAGAUAUUUGGAGACCAGAGACUAUUUCUGGACAGUCAGUCUGGAUCUCUCACCAUCAGAAACAUCACAAUCACACACACUGGACUUUAUAAACUACAGAUUCGAAGUGACGGCGGAAAUUCAGACAAGAGAUUCAGUGUUACUGUAUAUGCUCCUCUGCCCGUUCCUGUCAUCAUCAGAGACUCAUCAAAAUGUACUUCAUCAUCAUCAUCAAUCUCAAACUGUUCCUUAUUCUGUUCAGUGUUGAAUAUGAGAGAUGUGAGUCUGUCCUGGUAUAAAGGAAACAGUUUAUUGUCCAGCAUCAGUGUGUCUGAUCUCAACAUCAGACUCUCUCUAUCUCUGGAGGUGGAAUAUCAGGACAACAAUACAUACAGCUGUGUACUAAACAAUCUGAUCACAAACCAAACUCAACAUCUCAACAUCACUGAACUCUGUCAGAUGUGUUCAGUCAUCUGA